CGGGGAAGGAGUAACAGCAGGACAGACCGCUGGGCCGCGAUCCGGGACUGACCCGGGUCGCGCCGGCGGCUCCAGGUCCUUCUCCGAGCCGCUGCCAUGGGAGUGCCAGCCCUGGGCGCCGGGGACCAGCCGCCGCUGCUGCCACGCCCGCCUCGGAGCCGCGGACCCAGUCCCCGCGCCCGAAGCCGGCCCGCUGCGUCCCACUCCCGGGCUGCAGGGCCGCCUCCGCCGCGCCGCCGGCCGGGGCUGUGCCUGUGAUGAGCCGCAGCCCGCUGCGAGCCCUGCCCCCGGGCGCGCCCCCCCGGUUGCUCCCGGCCGCGCCUGCAGCCGCGGCCCGCGCCCUGCUCCCGCCGUGGCCCCGGCGCCCGGGCCGCCGCUGGCCUGCGUCUCCGCUCGGAAUGAAGGUGUUCCGCAGGAAGGCGCUGGUGCUGUGCGCAGGGUACGCGCUGCUGCUUGUGCUCACGAUGCUCAACCUCCUGGACUACAAGUGGCACAAGGAGCCGCUGCAGCAGUGCAGCCCCGACGGGCCGCUUGGUGUCGCGGCGGGGGCGGCUGGCGGCAGCUGGGGGCGCCCGGGGCCCCCUCCAGCUGUGUCGCGCCGUGCGCACACCCGCUUGGACCCCCGCACUCCGUACCGUCCUCCCGCUGCAGCCGUCGGGGCAGCGCCCGCCGCUGCCGCGGGGGCUGCCGCCCCUUCCCGCAAUAGCACCGGAGGCACUGGGGGCAGCGGGGCCAGCGAAGACAAGCGGCAGUUGGUGUACGUGUUCACCACCUGGCGCUCAGGCUCAUCCUUCUUCGGCGAGCUCUUCAACCAGAACCCCGAGGUAUUCUUCCUCUAUGAGCCAGUGUGGCACGUGUGGCAAAAACUGUAUCCAGGGGAUGCCGUUUCCCUGCAAGGGGCCGCGAGGGACAUGCUGAGCGCUCUCUAUCGCUGCGAUCUCUCGGUCUUCCAGCUGUACAGCCCCGCUGGCAGCGGGGGGCGCAACCUCACCACGCUGGGCAUUUUCGGUGCGGCCACCAAUAAGGUAGUGUGCUCGUCGCCGCUUUGCCCUGCCUAUCGCAAAGAGGUCGUGGGGUUGGUGGACGAUCGCGUGUGUAAGAAGUGCCCACCUCAGCGCCUGGCGCGCUUCGAGGAGGAGUGCCGCAAGUACCGCACGUUGGUCAUCAAAGGUGUGCGUGUCUUCGACGUGGCCGUGCUGGCGCCGCUGCUGCGCGACCCUGCCUUGGACCUCAAGGUCAUCCACUUGGUGCGAGAUCCCCGAGCUGUGGCCAGCUCACGCAUCCGCUCGCGCCAUGGUCUCAUCCGUGAGAGCCUGCAGGUCGUGCGCAGCCGCGACCCACGAGCCCAUCGCAUGCCCUUUCUGGAGGCCGCUGGCCACAAGCUCGGCGCCAAGAAGGAGGGUGUGGGUGGCCCUGCAGACUACCACGCGCUUGGCGCUAUGGAGGUCAUCUGCAACAGCAUGGCGAAGACACUGCAGACGGCCCUGCAGCCCCCCGAUUGGCUACAAGGUCACUACCUGGUGGUGCGGUACGAGGACCUGGUGGGAGACCCCGUGAAGACCCUACGGAGGGUGUACGACUUUGUGGGACUGCUGGUGAGCCCCGAAAUGGAGCAGUUUGCCCUGAACAUGACCAGUGGUUCGGGCUCCUCCUCUAAGCCUUUCGUGGUGUCCGCACGCAACGCCACGCAGGCCGCCAAUGCCUGGCGGACCGCCCUCACCUUCCAGCAGAUCAAACAGGUGGAGGAGUUUUGCUACCAACCCAUGGCCGUGCUGGGCUAUGAGCGCGUCAAUAGCCCGGAGGAGGUCAAAGAUCUCAGCAAGACCCUGCUCCGCAAGCCCCGGCUCUGAGAGGGCUUCCCGGGAGACUUGACUCUGUGUGGGAGACACCCGUAAGAGGAUUGUGGUGUGUUCAAACAAAAACAGCCCAGACCCAAAAUGAGGAAGCCCACAUAAUUCUGUUAUAGAUAUACCGGUAUAAUAUAAGUAACCACACAGGCACUUGCUGUCAGUGUUCUGAGUCAUUGCAUUCCAAGGAACAGUCACAAUACACACACAUCUCAGAAACAGCGAGACUUGAAAGUUCUGACCAGCAAGCCUCCUGUCCCCUCCCCUGCCUUUUCUCUCUUCCCUUUUCUCCCAUGUCUUACCCUCUCCACUACCUGCCCUCCACAGGGAUGUUGAUUAAAUCAAGAUCCAGUAACUCAAAUCUUGUUUACAAAUUUUUUGUGGUAUCUGUGAACAUGUAAAAGAGUACUUUGGAUGUGGGGGUUUGAAUAGAGAAAGGGGAAGUGGUCCCAGAGCAAAAAGCCCCAUUGGGCGUGAUAAACCAAGGAGGCAUCCUUCUAAAGUAGACUUUUCUGUAAAAAACAAAGGUUCUAUGUGAGUAUUAAUAAAGAAGAUAAUAAAUAAUAUUCUUUU